AUGACUUCGAGUACAAUGGAAGUGGAGGAGGAAACGAAAAAAAUGUACCUGUGGAAGGCCAAACUGGCGCAAGAAGCGAACCGGUUCGAAGACAUGGCCAUGUAUAUGAGACAGGUGUUCGAGACCGGUGCACCGAUGUCGAAGGACGAGGACAACAUGUUGGCGGCAGCGUACAAACACUUGCUGGAUACGAAACGGACGUCCAGGCGAAGCCUGAUAACGGUCGAGCACAUGGAUACCGUGGCGCCGCUAGAAGCCACGAUGGCGCGGGAUUACCGGGAACGGGUGGAAAGCGAAGUGCUUGCUUUGUGCACGGAAAUGCUGACGGUGAUCAGCGGCUGGCUGGAGUCCCCGCGGGCCCAGUCGUCCGACCCGGAGAGCCACGUGUUCUACAGGAAGCUGUACGCCGACUAUAAGCGGUACGCGGCCGAGGUGACCACAGACUCGCUGGACCGGGCCGCUGUGAUCACCGAGUCGCGGGUCGCCUACGAACGGGCCGAGCAGUUGGGACGGGACAGCCUGCGGCCCAUCGACCCGAUCCGGCUGGGACUGAUGCUCAACUACUCCGUGUUCCUGUACCAGAUGUGCGACCAGCACCGACAGGGACACGACCUGGCCAAAGAAGCGUACGAGGAAGCCGUAGCCGAGAUCGACUCCAUUGACGAUCACGUGUACGACGAGUCGAUGCUCAUUCUGCGGCUCAUUCGUGACAACUUGGCAAUAUGGGUCAAAGAGAACGGUGGCCGGCCGUUCGAAGACCCGGUAGUCGUCGACCAGUCAACCGAGCUGAUGACCGUUCCGGAAGACGACGCGGUAACGCUCUACGAGGAAGAUCCAAUACCGAGCAAUGUCGAUAGACACUGA